AUGCAAGAGCUCUGUACCAACCGGCCAGAAGGCAUUGGCGCAGUCUCGGGCAUUUCGAGGCCUCUGCCCACGCAAUGCUUCUUUGACACCAUCCUGAUGCCGCUACCGACGUGGCUACUCAUCACAUCACUGUUCCUAUUAGUCGUCAUCUUCCCCGCAACCGAGCAGACAGGCCGCCCAAGAGCCGGCAACCCGCGGCAGUGGGUGCGGCGCGGAGCGCUCGGCGGCUAUUACUUCUUCGCCCUCGCCGCCGCGGGGAUGCAGCUGCUUGAGGUGGGCCGACUGGUGGCUGCGAAUCUGGGCGUCGCGCUGCUGCCCUUCGCCACGGCGGGCACAGUCCUGGUCAUCGCGGUCCGCGGCCUGAGCGACGAGACGCUGCCGCUACAGCGGAGCGCCGCCAUGGCCGCGUCCGUCGUGUUCUGGACGCUGGGCAUGUGCAUGGCGGCGGUCAAGGUGGCGGCGCUGACGCGGUUCAUGGGGGAUCCCGAGGAGGGCGGUGUCAGUCCUCAGGCCCGGCAGUCGACGGCGUACCCGGUCGUGGACCAGAUCAUCGACAAUGCCGUUCUCGUGGGCCUCUACGCCUUGCUGGCGGUACUGGAGUCCAUCAUGUACUUUGUGCUGCUGCCUGUCGUUGGGACCGGUGGCGAGGGUGGGAAAGGUGUGGGUGGGGCGCACAUUGAGCUCACGGACAAGUGA